AUGAACUCUAUUGGAAGCUAUCUUUUUCUCGAAAAAGUCUACUUGCAACCGGUUGGGGGAACUCCGCCCAACGAGACCGCAAAGGACUGGAAGGGCCUCUGCAUCACGGUCAAGCUCGCGGUCCAUAACCCUCAGGCCAAGGUCUCCGUUGUCCCCUCCGCUACCUCCCUCGUUAUCAAGGCCCUGAAGGAGCCCGAGCGCGACAAUAAGAAGAUGAAGGACCUCUCUUGGACCUCCCUUGACAAUGUCAUCAAGAUCGCGAAGGUCAUGCGGCACAAGUCCAUGGCCAAGGACCUCUCUGGGACCGUUAAGGAUAUCCUCGGUAUGUGUGUGUUCGUCGGUUGUACGGUCAACUGGAAAGACCCCAAGGACUUGCAGCAGGAGAUCACCGAUGGUGAUGUCGAAAUCCCUCUAGACUAAGUUCCCCAUUGAGGAUUUUUUUUUUCAAAUAUAGUUUUAAUUUGUUUUUGGAUAAUUUAGGGAUUGUAUGGUUUACUAUGUUUUAGAAAUUAGAAUAUUUGCAAAGAUUUGUAUGCUAA